AUGCUUCAACAGGGCGUGGGCGCCGCCGAUAAUUCCCAUACCGAACUCACUUGGAGUCUACGCGACAACUUCGAGGGUGCAAGGCACGAGGCCAAGGAGCUGUCCCAAGAGAAGGCUAAACAAGAUGGUGUUUCUGAGCAGGUCGAUUGGGUCUCGUACUCUGACGACGCCAAAACCAUGUACAUCCCACGCCUCGACUUUACCAAUAGCUCCCUACACGAAGAGAGGGACCAGUAUGAUAUAACCGCAAAGGUCUUCUUCCUUUCUGAUGAAGACACUUCUGCUAGAGAGGACCAUCUUCGCCAAGCCGUCGAUCUGGUUCAGAAGGAGCUACACAUGCCCAACGUCGACCUCUUGAUCGUUUCCUUCCCUGGCGUUUACUUUGACGAGGAGAGCGAGUGCUGUCCAGACAAGAUCAAGAGCAGAGGAACCAAGGAAUCUUCUCCUGAACCUGUGGACAACCAGCUGGAGACCUGGAAAUUGGUCGAGAAGUUGCACAAAGACGGGCUGGUCCGAAGACUUGGUGUGUCCGAAUUUGGCGCAAACCGCUUGCAACCCUUCCUCGAGAAGGCGAGUGUCCAGCCUUCGGUCAACCAGAUCAGUCUGCGCGACUGCUGCAGUGUACCUCAGCCCCUGUCUAGCCUGGCAAAGAGCAAGAAUGUUGAGUUGCUCGUCAACAAUGACUCGGUUAAUAUCAUGCCUCGUGGUACCAUCAGAGGGCUACUCGAUCAUGAAGGCGCCGAAGUCCUGUCGCAAGCCUCGAAGAAGAUUGGCGAGAAGAGAAAGCGACAAGAGAAUGAUCAGAAGAUGGAAGGUCAGGUCAUUCCUCAAUGGGUCAUCAAAUACACGGCAGUCGUAAAGAACCGAGGCGUAGUCGAAAAUAAAGGCUACUUUGCAUGCGCAAAGUAUGUCGAGGUUGAAGAGAAGGUCUCUGCGAACGGACAUGCCAACUAG